AUGUAUGUAGACGAUCUGCUUAGUGGGGGACAAACAGUAGACGAAGCCAAGGAAAGAAAAAGGAAAUCAAUCGAUGUAUUCAACGACGCCAAUUUCAAUUUGCAUAAGUGGAACUCAAAUGCCCAUGAGCUUGAAGCAGAUGAAGAAGAAAAGGAUGAUGAAGAAGAAACUUUAGCAAAACAACAACUGGGAACAAAAUCUGGAGAAUCUAAAGUGCUGGGACUGUUAUGGAAACAGAAAAGUGACGAGAUUUCCAUAGUGAUCCCAUCAGAGAAAUCGGCAAAAACGAAAGGAGAAGUACUGAUUGCUGGUAAAAGUCGUCUGGCAAAAGAGGACCUAACUGUUCCACGGCUAGAACUUGUGUCAGCCCACAUGGCAGCAAACCUUCUUGUGAAUGUGCGAAACGCUUUGGAUCAUUUGUCGCGGCCGCAAAGUUUUGCAUGGCUAGACAGCACUGUCGCCUUGCAUUGGAUACUUGGACGGGGCCAGUAUAAGCAGUUUGUCUCAAACCGUGUCCGUAAGAUACACCAACAUCCUGAAAUAAAAUGGCGAUAUGUGCCCACAUCCGAAAAUCCUGCAGAUUUGGCCAGCAGGGGUGGAAAAUUAAAUCAGACGUGGCUCUACGGUCUAGAAUGGUUAUCUGAUAUGAGCAGAUGGCCAAGUAAUAUAACCACAACUCCAACUACUGCAACAGAAGCAGAAGCGACAGUCUCCCAAAAAAGUAUUGCAAUGACAACAAAACAGUACAGUGGUGAUGUUCUGGAACAGUUAUUAAGAAAAUGCUCAUUUAAACGAGCUCUAAGAGUGUCGUCAUGGCUCUUCAGGUUCGUAAACAAUUGUACACAAGGGGAAAAGAGAACAGGACCAUUAUCCUUUACCGAGAUUGAAGAGGCUAAGAUGAAAUUUGUCAAACAAGCCCAAAAGCAAGGUCAAUUACAACCAAAGUACGAGCAGCAAUGCAAAGAACUUAAUCUUACGCGCAAUACAGAAGGGAUUUUACAAUGUCGUGGCCGAAUUGUGAGUCAGUAUCCUAUCUACCUUCCCACAGAUUCCUUGCUAGCUCAAAGAGUAGUGGAAAAGUUGCAUCGUGAAACGUUACAUGGAGGUGUUGGAUUGACAAUGGCUGCUGUAAGAGAGACGUAUUGGAUACCAAAGUUAAUUAGCCUUGUAAAGAAAGUUAGAAAGGAGUGUCUUGGUUGUAAAAGAUAUCGAGCGACAUCAGUUCCCACAUCCCCUCCCAGAAAGUUACCCGAGGACCGGACUUGUGGCGAAACAGCGUUCGAGGUAAUUGGCGUAGAUUUCGCGGGACCGAUACGUUACAAAGGGAAGUCAAGCAAGGAUUGCAAAGCGUAUCUGUCGCUGUUUUCAUGUAGUCUAACUCGAACAGUGUACUUGGACAUGAUGCCGGACCUAUCUGCUUCCACGUUCAUACCAAUGCAAAUCAAUAGAAGACCGCUCAGUUAUGUUGAAAGCGAUGUUCAACUGCCGGUGUUGACACCCGAGCUCUUUUUAUUCCAGAGAUCCAAUCAUCUGCCAGAACAGAAAUUAUGGGUCGAAAGUGAUCCGGACUCACGUAAGAGGGCAAGAUACUUGAAAUCUUGCAAACAAGCCUUGUGGAAAAGAUGGUCGAAAGAAUACCUCACUGCACUGCGAGAACAACAUAACAUGAGUCAUUGGACUAAAAAGUUCAUUGUAAACGUAGGAGACGUCGUUCUUAUCAAAUCCAAUGAAAAGAAUAGAGGGAAAUGGCCUCUUGGGAUCGUUAUAGAGACAUAUCCAGGAAGAGAUGGAGUGAUACGUGGGGUAAUGUUGAAAACGCCAAACGGAAACCUAGAACGACCAGUUCAAUUGCUUUACCCAAUGGAAUUAGCUUGUGAUCGACAGAGCCAUGAUGAGAGACCUGAUCUUAAUCCAGACACUGAACCAUUCAAGCCAAAGCGUAAGGCAGCUGAAAAUGCAGCGGGGAUCAUCAAAUCGAUUGCUGACGAAGAAAACGAAGAGAUUUGA